CACAAGGCACUGAAGCUCAUACGCGACGAUCUUGGACCAGUUGUGACCGCCUAUGACCCGCAACCGGGUGACCUCUGUGAGUGGAAGGACAAGAAUGGCGGCUGGAGAGCAGCAACAUUCAUCUCAAGGGAUCGAUCAAACGAGAAGUGUCUUCCUCGACCACUAGAUGCAGUACACAACAGGGUCGAGGUGCCACGACGACUCGUACAGCCGGUGAUUGACUCUGAACGGAUUGUUUCUAUGCCAAAUACAAUUGAGGUCUUUUCAUCGGAUGCGGACAAACUGGACGUCAUCUGUGAACAAAUCCGAUCUGGCGAAAUAAUGCGUCGUGUAAAGAAGAAUCAACACACUAAGAGGAG